ACCCUCUCUCUCUCUCUCUCUCUGAUGCGGGGAGCAGCGCCGUGCCGUGUGUGUGUGUGUGUGAGCGUGUUGCUGAGAGAUGAUGAAACAUCCGCGUCAGUGAGCCGUUGGGAAGCUUCUCCCUGCCUGAGGAUGUGAGAGAAUUGGAGGCUGAACGAGGGAUCCACUCCAUCCUGCAGGCCGAGCCGUCUGCACAGGCCUGCUUUCCCUCUUUCUCUCUCUCUCCAUCCUCUCUCGUGAGGCAUCUCUCACCCUUUUUUUUCCCCUCCUUGUUCUUCCUCUGUGGAGCAAGGGGAUCGUCAUCCCCCCAUCGAUUCUUUUUUUUGUGGUGGUGGCUCCCUCCUCCUCUUCCUCCUCCUCCUCCUCCUCCUCCCCCUCUCUCUCUCUCCAUCUCCACCACCACCUCCUCCUCUCUUUUUUUUCUCUAUUCUUCAAGAGGACCUCUUUGGAAUAGCAAACCUCCAUGUAUGACAAUUUGUACCUGCAUGGAUUUGAAGACUCGGAGGCGGGUUCAGCUGAUUCCUACACUAGCAGGCCGUCUGAUUCAGAUGUGUCGUUGGAGGAGGAGAGGCCGGAGGGGGGUAGUCAGGGCCGGCAGGAGCGAGAACAGCAGGCAGCACAGCAGCUGGAGAGGGCAAAGGCCAAAGCGGUGGCCUUUGCCGUGAAGACAAAUGUCAGUUACUGUGGUGCGCUGGAUGAAGAUGUGCCUGUGCCAGGAACUGCCAUCUCAUUCGAUGCAAAAGACUUCCUGCACAUCAAAGAGAAGUUUAAUAAUGACUGGUGGAUUGGGAGGCUGGUGAAAGAAGGCUGUGAGAUUGGUUUUAUCCCCAGUCCCCUGAAGCUGGAGAAUAUCAGAGCACAGCUGGAACAGAAGAAAAGCCGUGUACAAGGUAAGUCCAGUGGAAGUUCCUCCUCCAGUUUGGGGGAUGUGAUGUCAGCAGGCAAGCAGAAACAGAAAGUGACUGAACAUGUGACUCCCUAUGAUGUCGUGCCUUCCAUGAGGCCUGUGGUGCUGGUUGGUCCAUCCCUGAAAGGAUAUGAGGUCACUGAUAUGAUGCAGAAAGCUCUUUUUGACUUCUUGAAACACCGGUUUGAUGGCAGGAUAACUAUCACACGCGUGACGGCAGAUAUCUCACUGGCGAAGAGAUCAGUGCUUAACAAUCCCAGCAAGAGAGCCAUUAUUGAGCGCUCAAAUACCAGAUCCAGUCUUGCUGAGGUACAGAGCGAGAUUGAGCGCAUAUUUGAACUAGCUCGCUCACUCCAGCUGGUUGUGCUGGAUGCAGACACCAUCAACCAUCCUGCUCAGCUGUUGAAGACUUCACUAGCACCCAUCAUCGUCCAUGUCAAAGUGUCCUCGCCAAAGGUGCGACAUUCACAGACAGUCUUGUGUCAUGGUUUUAGUGUUUCAUUAGAGAAAGACCAAACAUCAAAAUCUGAUAGAAAUUAUUGUUCUUGCUGUGUAACCAACUCUUCUGUCCUGCAGGUCCUCCAGCGGCUCAUCAAGUCCAGAGGAAAGUCGCAGAGUAAACACCUCAAUGUACAGCUCGUAGCAGCAGAUAAACUAGCACAGUGUCCUCCGGAGAUGUUUGACAUCAUCUUGGAUGAGAAUCAGUUGGAAGACGCAUGUGAGCACCUGGCUGAGUAUCUUGAGGCGUACUGGAAGGCCACCCACACCUCCAGCAGUACCCCACUCAACCCUCUGCUGGGCAGGAACCUCGGCCCUGCUGCCCUGGCCCCUUACACUACAUCUGCCAUAUCCGGCUUGCAGAAUCAACAGGGACAAAAAACACGGCACGCCAACCACACCGGGGACAACUCCACCCCCAACGAGCGGCGCAACCUGAUGACCUCAGAUGAGAACUACCACAACGAGCGAGCGCACAAGGGACGAAACCGGGGCUCCUCUGGCUCGCAGCACGGCGGCAGCGGUAGAGACCACCACUACAUGGAAGAGCAGCAGGGCUACCAGGACCCCUACCAGGACACCUACAAGCCCCACCGCAAUCGCAGUUCCCCAGGCAGCUACAGCCAGGACUCACGACACCGGCUCUGAGCCACCCUGCCCCGUUUCGUCCUCCAAGCCUGAGCCACAGAGCCACCGAGCCAAGAUGGCUUCUGUCCAGAAUUGUAUACAUCUUCCAUUACGUUUUCCUUUUGUUAAGGUCUCUCAAGCUACAAAGCAGAAACUGUUUAGCCCCCCCCUGAACCUCCGCCAUCUGACCAAAGCCUGCAUUUCCACCUGCUUAUACGAGGCUCAACGUGGGGAAAGAGGACCUUUUAACAUGCAAUCGGAGACAGUCGUUAUGCCUUCACAUGUUAAUAUGCUUCUUGACUUUUUGUUUGGUCUAUUCUGUUGCAAAAAGGCAGGUUUUCCUUCUACCAAGCAACCAUUUAACUUCAAAAUGGAUUUGAAUGAUUGGUUGGCCCUUACAAAGCAAAUAUUCUGUGAAGCUAGCAAUAGCAGAGAAUCAAAGGGUGUAUACAGGAUCCCUGAAAACCGAAUAAGGAGCUCAGUUAGUCUUUAUGUCAUUAUUGCCAGCAUGUUACCUGACCGCAUGCUUCCCUUGUCAUUAGUGCAUAACUUGAGCGGACAGACCAAUAAGCAGGAAAGUGGCUGCCGAACUGGAACAUUUCAAUAAUAAUGGAACACAAACCUACUGCCAGCUGUCUUUUGUUACAGAAAUGGAAUCUUAAAUAGUUUUCCAAAGCCUCAAAAUCUUAGGCGGAGGAAUUUCCACAUAACUUCUGCCGUAAACAGCAGGAAUCUUAGAUUCAGCCGCAGACAGACACUCAUCUGUGCAGUUUAGCAUGAUGCACUGCAUCCAGUCCCAUGGACCCAUUUCUUGCCAGGCGUUAUUUUCUAGUUUAAAGAGAGAGCUUAAAGACAUAGGAAAGUGUCGCUGUGAUCUAGUCCUCAGUAGAGUUAGCAAGCAUUGACUUUUUAUGAUUCAUUUUCAUCAUUUAAAAGCAGAAAUGAUGGUACGUUGUAAUUUAGAUAGAUCCAUCUCUUCUCGAGGGUGCUUGAUGUCUCUGAAAAAGACCAUCAGCACUAAAUGUAACUCUAGGGAGAAAAGGUUAGUUUAGCUGGGAUUCUUUAGGAGUGACUGGCACCCUGUUCUCCACCCUGCCAAAUGGAGCAGCUGCCGUCCAGCCCACUUCAGUCGAUAUACAGUGACCUCCUCGCUGGCAUCUCGAACACUACGAACUAAACCCGCAAAGCGUCGUUCUUCUGCUCAUAGGUUUUCAGGGUGAAAGGGACUGGCCAAGGACAAGUAGAUCCUCGACAUGUGGAAGCAGUUCACUCCUGGACCUGACACUUACAGUCACAAGGCCUUGGCAAACCAUGGAUUUCCUCGCCUGCGUAUUCUCGCCUUAUUGAUUUAUGCUAGUUUGUGCAUUUUCAAAAGAAUAAAUUUUAAGGAAAAAAUAAACUCUGAAAAACGAAGGACCGCAACGAGUACAUUCUGUAUGCAUUUGUCUAUGAGCAUGCUUCUCUGUUAAUUAUAUAAUGAGGAUGAAUGAACAUGAGGAAUUUGGCAGUCGAUGCCCAUUGGACGAAACAAAAAAAAAAAAAAAAAAACUGAAAUCUCUGAAUUUUCUGCCUGAGACAAUCAGAUGGAACUUCUCUGUAAAACCGGAACGUUGUUCAUCCCUUCCCGUCAUCCCGCUCUCUCCCGUUUCACAGCAGCUUCAUCUGAGCUCCAGAUAAAAGAAUAAAAAUGUGUCAGUUUUUCCUUUUUUUGUGAAAGUUGAAAAUUAAAGAUGGAAAUGCAAAAUUGCAUGCAUAUCAUUUUAAUUUAUAACAAAUUUGAAAGAAAAAAUGUUUUAUGGAAUAUAAUUGUGUAAAAGGCAAAUCUAGCAGUAUUUAAGUUCUUUUACAAAAAAGAAAAGAAGAAAAAAUAAAUGGUCAUUUUGAAA